AUGCUAACUUUAAUAUGUAAAUUUAAGGUGAUCGAGCACAACGAGCCACUCCUCCAUUUGACAAUCCGUCUGAAAUUGGAGCGUUACAAAGAAGAAUUGGAGCGUUUGGAUGAGCCGUUGGACAGAAGCACGUGGUAUCAAAGUCCGGCACAGGUUGACGCCUAUUACGCGCCGAACAACAACGAGAUGAUCUUUCCGGCCGGUAUCAUGCAAUUCCCAUUCUUGACAAUCGUCUCACAUGCGUUUGAUGAUCAAGGCGGUCGCUAUGAUGAGUGGGGAAACUUGAACGAUUGGUGGGACGCGGAAACGGCGCAGAAAUUCGCCGACAAAACCCAGUGCUUCGUGGAACAGUACGGAUCUGUUGAGAUCAAAGAGGCGAAGAUCCGAUUGAACGGCCGGCUGAGUCUCAGCGAGAACAUCGCGAACAAUGGGGGAGUGAAAACCGCGUUCAAUGCAUACAAAGCUUGGCGAAAAAACGCGACUGAAGACGAGCCGGCGCUUCCUGGUUUCCAGAAUUUCACCUCCGAACAAAUGUUUUUCCUUGCUUAUGUGAAUAACUGGUGCUUGGUGGUUCGACCCAAACACUAUGUGCAAUUGGUGAUGGCCGACGUUCACGCGCCGUCAAAAUAUCGAGCCAUCAUCCCGCUGCAGAAUCGAAAGGAGUUCUCUGAAGCAUGGAAAUGUCGCGACGGAUCAAUGAUGAACCCACGGCACAAAUGUCAAGUGUGGCGAUGGGUGUUUUUUUUGAUUAUU